AUGGAUUUUAUUUUGAUUUUGUGGUUUAUUUUAUUCAAUAAUAUUGUUCCAUCACCAGCGAGAAACAAAUUUGCAAAGGAUAUAGAAACACUUCUUCAUCUACUGAAAAGAAGAAGCGUUAUGUCCAGUGAAGAAGACAUUCUCGAUGUGCCAAAAUCACUAGAAGAUUUACCAGCAGCAGAACCUAUACAUCCAGGUCAUACAUUAUUGCAGCCGAGCUUUAAAAUGUUGAAGUCGCAAAUAAAAUAUCCACAAAAGCGAGUCAGUGCACUUGUGUAUGGGAAUUUGGAUAAUCUUGGUAUAACAUACGGUAACACAAAUCAAAGGAUAUUAUACACGGAUUUCAGAAAAUCUAAUGACUUGGUAGCAGAAAUUGAAAAUAAUGCCAACGAAAUAUUAGAUGACCCUAAAGAUAUCGUACGAGAUGAUUCAAUAGAAACACGAAGAAAAAGUAAAAAGGUAAAAAGUAGUUUUAGACACCGUGACUUGUCUUUCGAGAGGGCCAAUUCAGAAAGUUUCUCAGCGUCCUCUUCUGACUACGAAAAGAAUCCUGGUAACCCCUACACCGUAGAGAACGAUAAAUACAAACAAAACUGGCUGUGGAACCAUUUUAUGGAUGGUGACCACAUGAACGUAAAUCCAUACGCACCACCCUUCGUCAGUGUUGGACCAUCUGGAGCAUCUUUAUUCUUUGGCAGAAAAUGGUGGUAUUUUAAUCAAGACGACUUCAAACCUCUCAAU